GAGCGAGAAACAGAGACAGAGGCAGAGUCGGAGACAAAGAGUGUCAGACAGAAAUACAGAAUAAAAGCACAGCAUGUGAAGUUUUGGUAGAUAUAAUUCACUCUGCAGCGGACACCCCACGUCGACAUUUUCCUCUGAAGCAAAGAAAUGAGUAUCUUUCAAAUUCCACCUUUCCAUCUUACCACUGUCCCAUUCCCCCCAACAGAAACACAUCCCAUAAUACAGUAUAUUAUCAACAACAACCUCAAGAAGCUCAAAAAAUUACUUAAGGACAACAACAUUAAUGACGUUUACCCAUGCAGAGAGCAUAAUGACUAUAUAACCCCGUUGAUUGCUGCUGUUGUAAAUCAGAGGGAGGACAUCUGUGCAUUUCUUUUGCAACAAGGUGCAGACCCAAACAAGGCUUCCCAAAAAGGUUUUACACCUUUGCAUUAUGUCUCAAUAUCCAAAGCAUCACUCCUUUUUGUGGAGAAACUGCUUGAAGCAAAAGCUAAUCCAAAUGGAUCAAAUCCAAUACAGCUACUCACACCACUGCAAGCUGCUGCCAUCAGUGACCGGGAUGAUGUCAUGAAAGUGCUCAUAUCUGCUGGUGCACCGAUACAAUUUGUGCCUUUUAUUGAUCCCGAACAUAAUAUUCACGAUGAAAAAAUAUCUCAGAUGGUUCAUAACCUUGCAUUGCAUGGAGAUCAAUUUUGCUCCAAGAUCAGAUAUUUCUUGGAUGUGGUAAUUGCUGUGCAACAGAAAUCCAUUAAAGAAGUGUUCAAAACUUUUCACAGUCACAUGCUGCUGGAGGAACCUCAGACCCAUCUGACCAUGAUUGAAAUACUUUUUAAUGUAACUGGGUCAGAUGCAGAAAAAUACCGCCAGGGAUGUAUUAAAUGGCUGAAGGACACUGGAAAUCUGAACUCCUACAUUGCAGGUGCAGUCAGUCGUUUCCCAAACAUUCCCCAGGAUUAUGUCAUUCAGGCAAUUUCCAGUUUACAUACAGUUUUCUGCACAGUGGAAGACAUACCAAAUGAGCAGGCUUUGGCUAUAAUCCCCCAUCUACUGAAACAGCUUGGCUCAAAAAAGAGACAUGAUACAUGUCAACUUGCUCUGCAAACACUAUAUGUGAUAACACAGAAGACAAAAGACACAAAUGGCUGGGAUCCCAACUUUGUUGAGAAGUUAUGCCAAACACUUGCUCCUUUUAUAAAGGACCAGCACUCCUCUGACAUCAGAGUCUUCACAUACGGCAUAUUUGCAAACUUACUGUCAGUUAAACAUGUGGCCAACAUCUUUACAUCAGUGGGGAUAACUUCAGUACCUGAGGACAUACUGACAUCUGCAGACAUGAAAAUGAAUGACAAGCUGAAAGAGGUGCUCAGACGACUGAAAGAUCAUUUUAGCAAACCAAACUCAGAAUGUGAAGACUCUAAACCAUCACCUGGAUCCAAGAGAAAGAAGAAAAAGAAGAAGAAAAACAAGGAAAAGUCAGAAAAGCAAGAAAAACCAAUCGAUGAAGUUUGCAAUGGCACAAUUGAUCUUACAGCAACUCCUAUCAUGGAGUCAACUUUGAAUAUGCAGCCAUUCCACAUGAACACCACCAUGUCAUCAGUAAAACACAAAUGGGAAGAAAUCAGCAAGAGAGAAGGAAGGUGGAGAGAACAAUUAGAAAAACUUCUGAGCACUGAUGAAAGUAAAGUCACCAGAGUUGGGAGCAUGAUUUAUGUGAACGAUGCAGAGUUCCGCAUAGCGAAGGGAAGUGAUGGCACUGAAGUUUUCAUGGGGCUGAGAGAUGACGGCACUGAAGUUGCUAUUAAGAGAAUGUCCAAAUGCAACUAUCAGGAGCUGAAGAAUGAGGAAGGAUUCCUGCGACUUCCAGAGCUGGAUCAUCCAUCUAUUGUACGAUACAUUGACUUUGCAGAGGAUGAAAACUUUGGAUAUCUUGGUCUUCAACUGUGUGAAUACACCCUGGAAGAAUACAUUAAGAAAAAAGAUGGUGGUCUGCUGAUAAAGAAACUUAUUUAUGAGGUUCUUGAGAGUUUAAAGGUGCUUCAUUGUCAAAGUCCUCCAAUUCUCCACCGGGAUCUCAAACCACAGAAUGUUUUGAUUGAUGUUAACAGAAGGGCAAGAUUAGCUGAUUUUGGCAUAAGCAGACGGUUACCCAUGGGACAAACAACUCUACGCACAGGCAGUGCAGGAACAAAAUGCUGGAUGGCCAAGGAGACUUUAGAAGGAAGACCUGACACACCAUACAAGUGGAGCACUGACAUACAGGUGGCAGGGAUGCUGGUUUAUUAUAUCCUCUCUAGAGGACACCAUCCUUUUGGUGACAUACCCUUUGAAUGUGAGUACAACAUUCAUAAAGGGAGCUACACUUUAGACCAUGUGCAAGAUGUGGUGGCAAAGGAUCUCAUUGAGUGGAUGAUCAAUAAAGAACCAAAGAGCAGACCUAAGGUGGAAGAAUGCUUGAGUCAUCCCUUCUUCUGGACCGAUGACAGGUAGAAAUACUUUUAUUAUGACCAAUUCAUUCAGAUUAAUGAAACUGUUUUGCUUUUCUUUAUGCGUAUGUUCAAGUUUUGUAGCUAACGUGGGGUUAACAAGACUUUGUGUUUAAAGCCAAGAU